AAAAUAGAAAAAAUAAAAUUAUUAAUUGUUUAAAAUAAAAGGUUCAAACUGUACCUACCUAAUAUGAGUGACAAUAAAAAAGAUGAAGGACCAAAGGACAUCGAUAAGCCAUUUUGGCAAAAGAGAAGAUACACAGUUGUUCUAAUGGCAUUUUUUGGCUUCUUCAAUGUUUAUGCAUUACGAGUUAAUUUAUCUGUUGCAAUUGUUUCAAUGGUUGAAACGCGAAAUAUUCAACUGCAAAAUGGAACAAUAAUACAAGAACAACACUUCGAUUGGAACAGUAAACAACAAGGACUAGUUUUAAGCUCCUUCUUUUACGGUUACAUCUUAACUCAAUUCGUCGGUGGUUUUAUUGCUAGCAGAAUUGGAGGACAUUUGGUUUUUGGUACUGGUAUCGUAGUUACAGCAUUGCUCACAUUAAUAACACCCUUAGCUGCCAAAACUAGUUUCUAUGCAUUACUGAUUGUAAGAAUCGUUGAAGGUAUUUUUGAAGGAGUGACUUUUCCUUGCAUUCAUGCUGUUUGGUCCAAAUGGGCUCCGAUGACUGAAAGAUCAAGGAUGGCAACACUUGCAUUUGCUGGAAACUACGCCGGUACAGUCAUUGCAAUGCCUUCAAGCGCUUUAUUAGCCUCAACAUACGGAUGGGAAAGUGUUUUUUAUGUUUUCGGUAUAAUUGGUAUCUUAUGGUAUGUUUUAUGGCUGUUAGUUGUUCGAGAAAGUCCGGAAAAAGAUAUUCACUGUUCUCUGGAGGAACGUGACUUCAUAAUGCACAGUUUAGGCCAAAAAAGUGGUGAUAACCAUGUCAUUAGACAUCCUUGGAGAGAGAUCUUUACAUCUAAACCAGUAUGGGCAAUUGUAGCAUCACAUUUUUCAGAAAACUGGGGAUUCUAUACACUAUUGACACAGCUGCCAACAUUUCUCAAAGAUACACUACAUUUUCAUUUGGAAAAAAGUGGAUUUGUGUCGGCCAUACCUUAUCUAACAAUGGGAGUCCUACUGAGCAUUUCUGGCUAUUUAGCAGAUUGGGCUCAAAUAAAAGGAUAUCUUACAACAUCUCAAGUACGACGAUAUUUUAAUUGUGGCGCGUUCUUAGCGCAAACGUUUUUCAUGAUGCUUGCUGCAUAUUUGUUGCAUCCUGUCGGUAGUGUAAUAUGCAUAGUUAUUGCAGUUGGAUUGGGAGCAUUUGCAUGGAGUGGCUUUGCUGUAAAUCAUUUAGACAUUGCCCCCAAUCAUGCAUCAGUUUUAAUGGGCAUCUCUAACACGUUUGCAACAAUUCCAGGGAUUCUCAGCCCAUUAUUGUCAGGAUUCAUUGUCCAAAACAAGGGAGAUGACGAAUGGAAAAUUGUGUUUUACAUUUCCGCGAGCGUUUAUUUAGUGGGAUGUGUUAUUUAUUGGUUCUGGGCUUCUGGAGAACUACAAUCGUGGGCUAUUACAAGAAGUGAAAAAAUAGAAGUAUGCUCCAUAAGUACUAUUAAGGGAUACACAAAUGAAGCAGUAGAAAUGAAAGAAUGAGAAAACUCAAAGUCUUUUUAUAAUAUUUUGUAAACUGUCCUUGAAAAACAGUCAUAAACCUUAAGUUAAAUAAAAAAU